AAUGGUUCAAUGCGACAGACAGCUCUAAUUCAUCUUCUAGACCUGAACCUAGAAUCUUCGCUGCUUUAACGGACAUCGAAGAUGGCAAAUCUAUGAUCCUUUUUGGAGGUGUCUCUCUUAAUGUUACAGUGCUAAACAGAAUCUUAAAUCAGAAGAAUGAUUCAAUAUCUGCAUUUGUCGAUUUAUAUAAGCAAGGAAGAGAAAAAUUGAAAAACGAUGUUUGGCAACUGACUUUGACGGCCCCCGAAGAAAUCGUUGGCCGGAUUAACUUCAAAGUUCGUUGGCGUUUGCUGGCAAAAAAUUCCAACCCCAAAAAUAACAAAACACCAGAGGGAAGAUUUGGUCAUAUUGCUCUGUUUGUAUCAGGUAAGCUACUUAUUUGGGGAGGAAUGCGUUUGAUAUCAUUUGCAGUUAAAAACUAUUCUGAACCGCUCCAAGAUAUUUUGCAAUGCACGAAAAAGCUUUGGAUAUUUGAUCUGCGAAACAAAAAGUGGCACAACGUGUUACCUCAAACAGAAAGUAAAGUACUUGCAUGGAAUUGCUUGAAUAUAAUGGACUUGUGCAAACCUCGUGCUACAAUAUUGGGACAAAGAAUCGUCACUAUCGGUAAAUCAAAGUCUGAAUCUGACAGCAAAGCGAGCUGCAACAAUCCAUCACUUUUGUCCACGUUUGUCAUGUCUAAUGACUUUAAACAUUUGGGUCAACACAAUGACAGUCAAAAGUACUGGGAAGAACACACAGCGUCCAUCGCUUUCAAACCCGAGUAUUUGUUGUCGUGGAAAGACAGUAUUAUAGGGGUUAAACAGGACAUAAACAGCGACGUUCAGAAACAUGGAUUGCAGUUAGCAUUGACCUUAGAGUAUCAAGACAACGUAUAUAUCACGAAGAUGCAACCGGGUUGUCUAAAUGGCUCAUACUCUUCUGACUGGAAGACUUCACGUUGCUCUCAAUGCAAUGAAAGCUCAUAUGCCCAAGAAGGUGCAAAAACCUGCACUGAAUGCCCAAAAGGGUUGAUUUCUAACGGAUCGUCUGCUUCGUCUCCUGAAGACUGUUCAUGUAGUAAGGGUUACUGUAGCCACGGACAAUGCUUUGUUGCAAAAUUGGGAGACAAAUUGUCGGCUGAAUGUCAAUGUGACAUUGGCUUUACCGGUGACAGGUGCCAUUAUCCCACUUAUUUCGUGUUUGCAGCGGUUGUUGCGGUCGUGCUUAUCGUGCUCGUUGUGCUGCUCGUGUUUCUCUGUCUGAUGUUGAAGUAUAGAAAGCAGAAAACUAUCAAGGAAAUAGAGCUGAAAGAAAUGAGAAAUGUGUGGACGAUCAGCUGUUCCGAGCUGCAACUGUUAGAGAGGAUCGACGACGGCAUGCCUGGCAGUUACGGAGACGUGCAAAAAGCGCGUUAUCGGGACAUGACUGUGGCUGUAAAGAAGCUGAAACUGCGGACUAAAGAAUUUGAAAGAGAGUUUAGGAGGGAGACCGAGUUAAUGAAAUCAAUGCGUCACGAAAAUAUUGUGUUGUUUAUCGGUGCCGGACAAUUUCAGACAGAUGACUGUCCGUUUCUGGUCGUCGAGUAUAUGCAGAAUGGGGCAUUGACCAAGAUCUUGCGUAAUAGAGAAGUGACAAUUACAAAACAACAGCAACUGAGUUUUUGUCUGGAUACGGCCAAAGGAAUGGAAUUUCUACACAGUCAGAGACCUCCCAGGAUUCAUCGUGAUCUCAAGAGUAGUAAUCUGUUAUUGAGCGCAAGUUGGGUAGUCAAAGUAGCUGAUUUUGGAUGUGCUCGUUUAGUCAAAGUCGAGGGCAACAGACAACCGGUGGUAAAACGGAGGAACGCCACAGAAUACUCGAAAGACAAUAUUUCAGUGCCAUUACUUUCUGCUGGAGGGGACAUGUCUGAUAAUGUAGGAGCAGCUCUUUGGAGGGCGCCAGAGAUUUUCGCUUGUAAGCCAUAUGGUACGGCUGUAGACGUUUACAGCUUUGGUAUUGUUAUGUGGGAAAUAGCUGCUCGCGUCGUCCCUUACUGCGACAUGAGUUUUCGAUUAACUACUGACGUCAAGGAUGCCGUCUUGUCAGGAGUGCGACCCCCUUGUCCCAGCGGCAUCGCCAAAUCUUAUAGAGAUCUAUUGGAAAAAUGUUGGGCUGCUCAUCCAUCUCAAAGACCUACGUUUUCCAAAAUAGUUCAGCGUUUACAACGCAUUUCUCAAAUCGAUAACAACAACGCGCAAGUAAGACAAGAAGAUUGUUGACACUAAAGCAGCAAAGAUUUUUGAGACUUUAGCAUGCACCUGCAUGUUCGUAGAAUUAAGCAACUGCAUGCUUUGUUAGAUGUUAAGCAGCGCCAAGAUAUGCGGUGCUCUUGCUAAUUGAUUCUGACUACAAUAUUCCUGUGUAUCUUAUGUAUAGCUCUCUUUAAAGUUUAGUAGUUUGACUCAUACACUACAAGAAUGUUCGACAGGUUUCGCUUGCUCAGUAGCUUGAUGAGCAGUGGUUAAAUGAAGACAUUGCAGCAAAAUUGGU